UUGAAUGUUGGUGGGAAAUCAUAUCGGAUUCGCAUCGAUUUGGUGCUGGAGAGGAAGGAGAACUCGUUGAUGGAUGCGCUGGUGAGUGCCGAUCAUACACAGAGACUGGCACUGGUGGACGCCUAUUUACCGGAAACGAACGAAUAUUAUAUCGAGAGAAAUGUGAAGCUGGUUGACCACAUCAUUGAUUACUAUAUCACUGGUAUUCUCCACAAACCUGUUGAUGUCUGUGUGGAACGCUUCAAAGAGGAACUACGAUUUUGGAACCUUCAUUACGGUCAGGUCGGCGCAUUAAUGAACAUUUUCGGAACGGAUUGCUGUGGAAGAAUACAUUGGAUGUUAUGGAAUGUUGUGGAGAAUCCGCAAUCGUCGUUACUCGCAAAAAUAUUCGCCUUUCUCUCGAUUUCUUUCGUUUUCGUUUCAGUUCUCGGUUUAGUGCUAGGGUCAAUGCCUGAAUUUCAACAAGACGCAUCGAGUGCUGCCGCCUAUCAUCUGCUCCAUUACGGCAAUCGUCGAACAGAUCAUCCACGCAAACUAAUCGAACCGAAUUCGGAGUUUCGGAAGCUCUAUCCGAAUUUUGUCUAUCAUCCCACUGAUGCACCGAAUUCCUUUUUGACCUCAGUCGAGUAUUUGUGCAUUGGAUGGUUUACAUUCGAAUACUUGCUGAGGUUUAUCAUCAAACUUGCACCGAGGAAGUUGGUAUUCUUCGUUCAACCACUCAAUGUGAUUGAUUUAUCGACAAUAUUUCCAUUCUAUCUAGAGGUUGCGCUGCCGUUCUUUGGUAUUCACGCUGAGAAACUACGUGAAUUCACAGGCGCUAUGCUAGUCGUUCGCAUAUUACGAGUAUUGCGCAUGGCAAGGGUGUUUAGGUUGGCCAGAUACAGCACGGGAUUGCAGACAUUUGGCUCCACAUUGCGCUCGUCAGUGACUGAAUUGACGAUGUUGGGGAUAUUCCUGGUGACGGGUAUUGUUUUCUUUUCGACAAUUAUGUACUUCCUCGAGAAAGAUGAAACGAACAGUGAAUUCUACAGUAUACCCGCAGCGUGUUGGUGGUGUGUAGUGACAAUGACAACAAUUGGUUAUGGAGACUCCAUACCACAAACAACAAUUGGCAAAAUAAUCGCAACAUCGGCAAGUAUUUGUGGCAUAAUCGUGCUUGCAUUUCCCAUUUCAAUGAUUGUCGAGAAAUUUGCUACCGCACAGCAACGAGCCAUCGAGCGUGAAGCGGCAUCGAAAGAAGGUUGGUGA